ACAGGACUUUGAGUCGCUGUAGUAAGUGAAGAAGGAAGAGCACCGGCCAACACCUAACAUAUUGAGGAACAAGCUUCUUACAAAGGUAGGUCUUUUUGGAAGAAUGUGUUUGUUUCAUUUGGAACUCGGAAACCCCAGGUUUAUUUUUCAAUCGUGCGUUUGAUAUGACUGACAUGAUUCAGCUUAAUCAUUUCAGCUUCAGGUACCACCUGAAAAACGAGUUUUCUAAUGCAGGUUACACUGGGUUAGUCAUUCAAUGGACUCACUUCUUGAGUCUGAGUUGACUGCGGUUAUAUUUACUGUAAAUGGCAAACUUUUUUCUGUAUUUGAUAACCUUUACAUUUUUUUCCCGUUGGGACUUGAUGUGACCGGAUUGAUCCUCCUGUUUUCAGUUUUGCGUUGGACACUCAUAACCUGAAGUCGUUAUGACAUAAAACAAGUAGAAUAGACGUGAUUAUGAUAGUAUGUCAAGGCCACACUGACCUACAUUAGGUGAUCAGUUCCUGUUAAGAGUUUCACUCUGAGGCAUGUCCAAACACUGAAACAAGCGCUCCUAAACUCUUGAACACUGAUAGGCAAAGGGGAGUUAGUUUGGACGCAGGUGAAUAUUCUGUAAGGAAGGGUUUAUGACUUUUUAUAACAGCCCGCUGUCUUGUUGAAACUUGUGUGAACCACUUCCACAAAGAACUGAUUCUUGUGGUCAAUUUAAAAACCAUGGUGGUUUACCUUGUGUGAAGGCAGUUUCAUGAUGGCAUAUAUCAUUGGUCCCCAUUUGCCAGAUUACUUGAGCCAAAGAAGAUCACACAUAUUCCUCCUUCAAUGAGUCAGAGUUUCAGCCAAGAGUCACAGAUAGUUGAUCAGCAGGAAAGAAAGUAGUGUAUAGUGAAACAGAGUUCAACAUGUUUCAUCAGCAUCAUUCAUACCUGUAUUUUACAAACAGUUCAAUAUUUUACCAUUUGCCGUUUUGUUUGAAUCAAACAACUGGAACAAUGCACAGUAACCAGGGGUUACAGUUAAUUUUCUGUUUAUAUCACUGUUUUGACUGAAGGCCUUGAAAAGUCCACUCCAUUAUUGUUUGUUUUGGUGAAAAGAAGCUGAGGUGUAAGGGGUGUUUGACACUUCAGUUCACACAUGGAAAUGAUUGCUUUGAGGUUCUCAUGUGCUAAAGCCACAUUUGCACAUCUACAGCUGAAUAUAAUAGGUUACAGUUUGUUUUGACUGUUUUCAGCCUCAGUGUUGAGAGAAGCCCUCUGUGAUGUUCAAGUUACCAAUAUAUUGAGUACUCCUGUUACUAUUACCGCAAGAGAGUACACAGCUGCACACUCAAACUUACAUUUGUGAUAUAUUGUCAUGUUUACUGGACAUUAUUUUUUUUCUUCAUUCGCGUGACCUCUGAAUAAGUGAGAAUAGUUUGCCAUAAACGCAGUUUCAUUUUUAGUUAUCAUGUACCUUUCACUUUUUGUUCAUGUUCAAACAGAUGUGAAGUGUAAAUUUAAACACGUUUUCGACAAGAUAGUUUUUAAAAAUCCUUUGUAAAGUUGCUUAAUCACACUAAGUUAAUCACACUAGAUUUCUGUGUAAUUGCUUCUUGGAAAUAUGAUACUGAACUUUGUAAGAUAGCUCGUAUAACUUCGUGUGUUGUCUCAAAUUCCUGCUGACACACACAAUGUGCAAGGCAAAGAUUCAUUUCAGCAGCUCAAAACAUCAAAAAUGACAGGUUACUCUGGACAAAGCACAUAUAUCACUGUUAAAACACCUGAUACCUAUGAAAACAAACCUCUAAAAGACUUUCCAUGGCACAGUAAAUAAUUUAAGAUUUCCCACAAAACUGCAUUUCUAAAGGUCAAAGGCAAUUGUCAUUGCUGUACAGGACAAUGUUUAAAACAAGCAUUUCCUUCUGGACCACAUGACGGAUAAGUAACUGUCGAGAAACCAUAAAAUAAUCACCAUUGUGUGCAAAGUAAGUCAGUGUGAACACAUGAGAAAUUAACCCAAUGGUUCCCCAAUCAAUGGUUCCAAAGUUCACAUGAUUUAUUACAUGAUGGGGUUACUCAUCAUGUUGUUAUUAACUGAAUAAACCUUUCCAUAAAUGCAUGUGUGGGAGAUGUUGACCAAGAGAGAUGCAAAUUUGAGUUUAAUAACCUUCAACAUCAUCUUCUAUUAUCCAUAUUUGUAGCAACAUGGCUGAGCCAAACGGUGACAGUGUCACACCGAGCAGUGGAGACACAGUGGAUGCCCUCAAGUUUUUUUCAAAGAAGUGAGUAUUACACACACUGAUGACUUUCUGACUGUACAUAUGUACCCAUUAGUCUGUUUCCAACAUGAAAAACAGAGCCAUACAUUUUCAUUUAGAUAUGAGCUGCUUUGCUGUUAUCAGUUCUGACACAAAACUAAGGCACAGCUGGACGGGUAUUACAACAAAGAAGAAGGUGCAGUUUGUCCCAACCUGACAGGUCCAGCAAAGCCAAAAGUAGAAAAAGCACUAAUACAGUUACAUAGAGACAUAAACUAACUCAUUAGAUCACACAAAACACCAGAAAGAGCAAGACUAACAACUUCAUCAAACAAAGAUCAGCAUUAGUAAAAACUGAGGUCAAUUUCAGGGUUCUGAAUACUGAUGCAGACUGUUCUUCAACUAGUAUCUCAGUUUAAUGAUAUCCUUAAAACUGUCUUCAAUUAAUUAGUUUCAAUUUCUAAUUAAGCAAGUUGAGACAUUGUGUAAAACAUAAUUAUAACAGAGUACAAUGAUCUGUAAAUCCUUUUCCACCUAAAUUCAAUUGAAUACACGACAACGACAAGAUGUUUGGUGUCCUCCUGUAAAUUUUCACAUCUCCAUUAAUAAUGAAAGGUACAGGUUUAUGUGCAACAGCUGCUGCCAUCAGAGCGCCGCCUUUUUUAGGGACGUUCCUGCUGAUUUCAGCAAGACAGUGUCAGGACACAAUCUGCUAGUUACAACAGUGUGGCUUUAGUGUCAAAGAGUCCAGGUACUAGACUGGCCUCCCUUCAGUCCAGACCUGUCUCCCAUGGAACAUGUGUGGAGCACUAUGAAGCACAAAAUAUGAUAACAGAGACCCAAGUCUGAAGAUCAUCUGAAGUGGUCCAUGAAUCAAGACUGUGAAAGAAGUCAGUGUCCUCAGUUCACACAGACUUACUGAGUGUUGUUUAAGGAAAGAUGAUGUAACACAGAGAAGCAUGACCCUGAACCAGCUUUUUAGGAACGAGUUACUGCAUCAAAUCCAAAAUGAGUGAAUAUUUACAGAAAAAAAAAUAAGUUUAUCAGUUUGAACAUUGAAUUUAGGGGGAAAAGGAUUUUAGUUGAAUGAUGUUCAUUAUGUCUUCAGUUUUUAGAAAUCGUUUUCUUUUUCUCCUUUAUCUCAGACAUGUAAUCUUUUCAUGUACCUUGACAUGUUUCGACAGAAACAUCUGCCUUCCUCAGAAGUGUCUGACACUUGUCUUUUUUUAUUCAUGUUUUACACAAUGUCCAAACUUCACAAGGAACAGGAUUGUAACAUUCAUAUGAAGUAUCUAAUGCUUUUUCAAAUGAUGAUGAUAAUGAGGAUGAAAGAUGGCGACAAUGAUGACAGGUCAUUGAAACUUCAUUUGGUUUGGUGAUUCAGUUUUAUCUAUGGAUUGAUGGUGGGUAUACAUUCCAAAAAAAAAGAGAAAUAAGAAAUGUCCAUUGCCUUGCUUAUACUCGACAGCACUGUAUGCCCAAUUGCACUUACAGCAGUUUUUGGUACUUACUGAUGUUUCCCUCUGUCUACAGUAGUUCUUGCUUGUGUUGUGUUUGCUCUUAAAUAUAUUACUAGAUGACUGUAACACUGGAAGAUGUCGUCUUGCAGAGGCUAUCAAGUGAAACUUGUUUGUCCCAAUCUUCUACCACUCAGCUGCUUGACUUUGUUUGGCAUGUCCAAAUAAACAAGCUGUUGGCUGUUUUUGUGUGUCUUUAAAUUUUUAGGAAGGAUGUGGAGGCUGAAGUCAGUUCAAAGACCUCAGAGGAAACAGAUUCUUUACCCACCAGCAGCACUAAAGCAGCAGACCAGGACCCUUAUCAAUACAGGAUGGACUAUCCCUCCAUAGGGACCUGUCUGAUCAUCAACAACAAGAACUUCAAUCCCCGCACAAGUAAGCACACCCAUGUACACGUGUCCAUUUCAUUUCAUGGUUACAUAGACAAAUGUUGUCCUGAUUCAAUAAUAAUAAUAAUUCUGAAUAUAAUUGUAAUGCAUAUGGUCAUGUAUGGCUUAUUGAAAAGUGUUUAUUUUUCUGUCACACUGUCAUGGCUCACUGGAAUACUGAAUCAUGGCUCUAAAUCAGAGCCAUUCAAUUUAAUAGGGCCUGUGCCUUUUCUACUGUUGCAAAUCAAAAUGAAAACUGCUAAAAAAGCCUAUCACUAAGACCUAGCCUAUCGAGCCUGUCUCUCCUUUCUCUCUGCACGUGACUUUAAAACAAAGCCCCAAUAUUAGCGAUCACGAGUUUCAAAAACUUAGAAGUGUCAGUGCGGAAAGUUCUGGUUAUGUCUAGAUCAAAAAUGAAGCAAAUGUUCCUCAAGGUGAGCAAUAUUAAAACUAAUUGAAUUAUAAGUGUUCCUAAUGUAUAAAAUCAUAUUUCAUACAUAAGGAACAUUUGAUUUUCAUGUAAAGUAAUAUGUGAUGUGGUGUCCAAAUGCUAAUCUUAUCACUGGUCUUAUUCUCUUGAGGUCCUGAGAUUUUUCUGGUAAUGUUCAAUCUAAACUAUGUUCAGUACAGUCAUUUUAAAAGGUCUUCACUUUUCCCAUCAUGAAACAGUCCUGUCAAAGUAAAUGUAUUCAUUUUUAACAGCCCUGUAUCGUGAUUUCAUUGUUUUAGUCCCUUUUCGCUUCUUGAUGGCAAUUGAAUCAAAGUGACACCUUUUUUUAUCUUUGUUCAUAUUGCUGUCAUGAGCCAGAUUUUUUUAACAGAGGUAUGACACACUGAAACACCUUUUCACCAGAGGCUGAUCUUGAAAGUCUGUAACAUUGGCUUUUGUUUAUUUCCAUAGAUAUGAGUACUCGUAAUGGAACUGAUGUGGAUGCAGCCACUGCUGUAAAAUGCUUCUCUGCUCUGGGUUAUGAGAUCAAAUUUGUCAACGAUCAGACUGUGGCCCAGAUAAAACAACUGAUGUUAAGUGGUAAGCAGAGGUUUCUCAAAAUCACGUCUACUUCUCUUCACAGUCAUGCGAGGUCCAUUGUAUUUUAUCCAGUUUCUGCUGCUGCGUUUAUAAAAAACCAUGUCCCCACAAAAGCAUUCAUCAACUACUUGACGGCAGCAUAUUGUGUGGUUUGUCUUUAACUGUCAAACUUAAUUCUUCUUGUGAGAGUUUUGAAAGCAUCCAAGGGAUUAUCCAGUCCAGAUUCUUGCUGUCUGAAAGCUAAAACCACCAAUGAGUCACCACCAUAGAUUGUAUAUAGAAUGGACGCUGUCUGCCUCCUCGCUGGGUGAAGCCACCCUGAGAACAGCACCCUCUGGUGACAGGCUGCAGUAUAGGUCAUAAAUCCUGCCUCCUUCAGCAAUCCCUGUGAAGCUGUGGACAAACUUUAGAAAUUUAUUACACAGAAUAUACAUUUUUCUCCCCCCUGGUUGUGAUGUUGACAUGUAGUUACAGUAAGACUGGUUUGUGCUCAAGUCCUCUUUUUUUCUGCUCAGCUCCAUUUUCAAAAGUUAUUAGGGGGUUCAUGUUUUCUAUGAUUGACACUUGAUAAAGCCUAUGGGUGUAUGAGGAUUGCAUAGCUCACCUGGGAGAUGCGCUCUUUGAGCAGAGCGUCAUCACAGCGACUAUCCCGCUGAAUGUGUUCAACGCUACUGCGCAAGUGGUGGUUACAGGAAGUGGAGAAAAUCCCAGAAAUACCAAGAGCAAUUUAGCUUCAAAUUCGUACAGUGAUGGAGGGCGGAACAAAGUUGUCCAAAGUAUAUACAGUCUAUGGUCACCACUGUUAAUAGUUGAGUAAAAAGUAUGUUGACUGGUAGUUAAAUUGCAUCUGUCUGUUCUUGUUUGUGUGUCUAGUAUCCCAGAUGGACCACAGCAAUAAAGCAUCAUUUGUGUGCGUGUUGCUAAGUCAUGGAGAGGAGGGUGGGAUAUACGGCACUGACGGAUUUGAAAAAAUUGAAAAUUUGACAAAGUGCUUUAAAGGAGAUCGCUGCAAGAGUUUGGUGGGAAAACCAAAGCUCUUCUUCAUACAAGUGAGUUCAAUACUUGCAGCAUAUGUCUGUGUUUGUUUCUAGUUUUUUAAAUUGUUAUUUUUGACAGACUGUUUGGAUUUAAACUGUUUACAAAUUACCUAAAAUCUGAUCGGCUGUUCAGCAUAAAAACUACAGCUAAAACUAUUUGAAAUCAGUAAUUAUUAGAUAAUAUAUAUUUUUAUUUUAACCAACCAAAUUUAAAAUCCUAACUGUUAAGUAAGACUUUGGAGUAGCUAAACAUUCACAUUGCAGUAUAACUUCCAGAGAAAAUAACAAUUAAACCUUGAUUAGGUGUCCUUAUCCUGAACUUUAAAACCUCAGUGAUGUCUUCUCACCAAUACCCACAGUAUGUUGCUCCUGGAGCUGUUUGUGUUUGUGUUGCUCAAUUUGGUUGAUGUCUCUUUUACUGAGCUUCAACGCUGAGUUACAACAUUGUUCACUGGAUUUUAAAUGAGUGCACUUCUCUUUUUUAUCUGCCAGUAACUGAUCAGCCAUUGUCAACUAUUUAAAGCCAAAUAAUCUCAAAGUAGUAUCAAAAAAAUCCUCUACAUUAUCUACAGAUGCUACUUGAAAAUUACAUUCAUGUCUCACUGUCAGCACGACAUUGAAACAGUAUCCUAGAUGUUCUGUUACUCCUUCCCUUAGGUUGAUUUGAAAUGUGAUGUGUGUAAUCAGAUUGUCUCUAGCGUUGUCUUUUCUAUUAAGAAUAAAUAACUGUGGUCAAGAGGGUUUUGGCCAAUCAAAAUCCAGUGUGUAACACAGCAAGAUAAUUAAUGAAAAAGCUGGGAAAUAAUACAUGUGGGAUUUCAGAGGAGCUCUCAGUAGUUACUUUUUGGUCAAAGUUAAACAUUUGAACUCAAAGAAAAGUCUAACUAAUGAACACUUAAUAGUAACUCACAAUAACCCGUUUAAGACAUUUGGAACUACCACGCUGUCCUUCUGCUAACAUAGUCACAACUUCUUUUUCUGGAUUUCAUGACAUAGGCAUGCCGUGGCUCAGAACUGGAUGAGGGAACCACGAUUGAGACUGACAGCAAAGCGGAACAAACAUCAGAGAGGAUUCCUGUGGAGGCUGAUUUCCUGUAUGCUUUUUCAACUGCUCCAGGUAACUAAUGCUUGGAAAAUACAUCACCAAAAAAACAUAAAGGGAACACAUGAUCAUCACCUCUGCAGCCAGGAAGACAUAGGCUAAUGAUUGUGACUCAGUUUCACCUGUUGUUUUGUAAAUGGCACAGAUAACAGGUAGAUAGGAGAGGCAAUCAGUAAGACAGCCCCUGUUAUUAAGUGGUUUUACAGGUGGUGACCACAGACCAUUUCCCUCUCCUCAUCCUUUCUGCACAAUUCUUGGCUAGUUUUGCAUUUUUCCACCGUCCUCUCUGGAAGUGGUAGCAUGAGGAGGUAUCUGCAGCCACAGGAGGUUCUAAGGUAGUGCAGAUCCUCCAGGAUGGCACAUCCAACGAGGCAAAGGCCGAAAGGUUUGCUAUGUCUCCCAGCACAGUGUGGAGAGCAUGAAGGAGAUACUAGGAGAUAGACCAGGACAGCAGGAGAUCAUCCUGUGAUCUCAUUUUUUCCAUUUUGAUUUUGAGAAUUAUUCUGAACCCAGUCCUCAGGGGGUUCAUGAUUUUGGUUUGAUUGUCUUACAUUAUUUUGUUCUCAGUUUAUGGCAAUCUGUCAUCAGUAAAGACUUUCAACUGGAAUAUUUUAGUCACCCAGACCUGGGUUGCAUGAUUUAAGUGCUGCAUGUUUCUGACCACACUGUCUGAAACUAAAAAAAAAAAAAAACUCAUCUUUAUUGGUUUUUAAUGUCAUUGACAAAAGCUUAUUUAUACCAGUAAUUAUGGUAUUUACAUGCUUAUUUAACAUGAGAUGGUAAUUACACUCUCUGUAAGAGCAGUAGAACUGGCCUCAUGUGGGGUCUGUUAGCAAUUUCUGGGAGAAGAAUAUAUUGCUGCUAUUGGCUGUCACCCACUGCCCAUCCAGACCUGAAUCCAAUCCAGCACUUCUGGGACAUCAUGUAUCAAUUAUUUAACACCAGAUAUUUGCCAGUAUUAGGAAAUGGUUUUAUUUACUUGAAAGUAUUUUGUUACUUUAAUUGAAAAUAGUCGUACUCAUUUAGCUGAGGCUGCUAUCUGUGACACCUGCUUAAAAUGAGCUAACUAAGCUAUAAUCACUCACAUUAAACUUAACAUUUCUGCUGCUGGUGAAGUAAAAAAAGAUGAACUGUCUGACAGACGUUGGAUCAUCCUGUGAUCUCAUUUUCUGUUCCAUUUACCAAUGCUUAAAUAUUGCUAUAACCUGUUCUGUGUUCAGUUUGGUGUUUCUCCUGUUCCAUCUAUGAUCCUGUAGAUUUCUCUGAAACAAUCACUGACUGUUGUUGCUAUGAAAUACUGCUGUAAAAUGAACCAAGCACACUCAAACACUUCACAUGGCCGUGAAACAAUAGUUCAUUUUGUCUUGCAGGGUACUACUCCUGGAGAGACCUGGGUUGCAUGAUUUAAGUGCUGCCCUUAUUUUGUUUUUGAUCAGUGUACCUUUAGACCUUUAAAAAAAAAAAAAAAAACUCAUCUUUAUUGGUUUUUAAUGUCAUUGACAAAAGCUUAUUUAUACCAGUAAUUAUGGUAUUUACAUGCUUAUUUAACAUGAGAUGGUAAUUACACUCUCUGUAAGAGUGUAAAAUAAGUUAUCGUGUAUAGUGACAGCACUGUUUUAGCAGAAUAGAUACUCUGACCAAUCUGCUGUAGCAACCCCUUAUAGCACCACAUAUCCUGCUUUUCAUGCAGCUGCCUAUUUGACACAUCAAUUAUUUAACACCAGAUAUUUGCCAGUAUUAGGAAAUGGUUUUAUUUACUUGAAAGUAUUUUGUUACUUUAAUUGAAAAUAGUCGUACUCAUUUAGCUGAGGCUGCUAUCUGUGACACCUGCUUAAAAUGAGCUAACUAAGCUAUAAUCACUCACAUUAAACUUAACAUUUCUGCUGCUGGUGAAGUAAAAAAAGAUGAACUGUUGCAUGAAUUAGCGUUUUUGCUGUCAGAGUCUCUGACAUUUUCUGUUCCAUUUACCAAUGCUUAAAUAUUGCUAUAACCUGUUCUGUGUUCAGUUUGGUGUUUCUCCUGUUCCAUCUAUGAUCCUGUAGAUUUCUCUGAAACAAUCACUGACUGUUGUUGCUAUGAAAUACUGCUGUAAAAUGAACCAAGCACACUCAAACACUUCACAUGGCCGUGAAACAAUAGUUCAUUUUGUCUUGCAGGGUACUACUCCUGGAGAGACCUGGGUUGCAUGAUUUAAGUGCUGCCCUUAUUUUGUUUUUGAUCAGUGUACCUUUAGACCUUUAAAAAAAAAAACAACUAAUCUUUAUUGGUUUUUAAUGUCAUUGACAAAAGCUUAUUUAUACCAGUAGUUAUGGUAUUUACGUGCUUAUUUAACAUGAGAUGGUAAUUACACUCUCUAUAAGAGUGUAAAAGAAGUUAUAGUGUAUAGUGACAGCACUGUUUUAGCAGAAUAGAUACUCUGACCAGGGGCCUUGUAACACUUAGAGGGGGUUCCAAUCUGCUGUAGCAACCCCUUAUAACACCACAUAUCCUGCUUUUCAUGCAGCUGCCUAUUUGACACAUCAAUUAUUUAACACCAGAUAUUUGCCAGUAUUAGGAAAUGGUUUUAUUUACUUGAAAGUAUUUUGUUACUUUAAUUGAAAAUAGUCGUACUCAUUUAGCUGAGGCUGCUAUCUGUGACACCUGCUUAACAUGAGCUAACUAAGCUAUAAUCACUCACAUUAAACUUAACAUUUCUGCUGCUGGUGAAGUAAAAAAAGAUGAACUGUUGCAUGAAUUAGCGUUUUUGCUGUCAGAGUCUCUGACAUUUUCUGUUCCAUUUACCAAUGCUUAAAUAUUGCUAUAACCUGUUCUGUGUUCAGUUUGGUGUUUCUCCUGUUCCAUCUAUGAUCCUGUAGAUUUCUCUGAAGCAAUCACUGACUGUUGUUGCUAUGAAAUACUGAUGUGAAAUGAACCAAGCACACUCAAACACUUCACAUGGCCGUGAAACAAUAGUUCAUUUUGUCUUGCAGGGUACUACUCCUGGAGAAACACCUCCAAUGGCUCAUGGUUCAUUCAGGCCUUGUGCGAGAUGUUGCUGCACUGGAGCGGGAAGCUGGAACUAAUGCAGAUCAUGACCAGAGUCAACCGCAAAGUAGCCACACACUUUGAGUCUUCCUCCAACCUCCCUGGAUUUAGUGGCAAGAAGCAGAUCCCUUGUAUUGUCUCAAUGCUGACCAAAGACUUUUACUUUCCUGUCUAGGUUAAGAUAUAUCACUACUUUAACUUUGUUUUUGUUAUUAAUCUAACCUAUCAUACUUAAUUCAUAUAGUAAUUUAUGCACUGUUAUGCCUAAUGCAUAAUGUAUGUAAAACAGGGUGGAUUGUGGUUCAAAUGUGACUGCAGGGAGAACCUCAAUGCAUAGUAAACACUAAGAGUAAAGGGAACAUUUUAUUAGGACUGAUGUUAAGCCCAUAGACGUUAUUAAAAUCAUUCAGUCACGUUGACAGUGUCCCAUUCAUAGUGCAAGACACAGGGGCCUUUUUUUAAUAUGUAUAUUCUAGAAGGGCGGGUGUUAAAAAAGCGGUUAAAGGAGGUGUCACUGGUUUAUGAUGGUACAAACUUUCAUGGGUCUGUCAACACCUAAACACAACAAAACUGUUUUACUACACGACUUGUUUUCUUUUAAAAACCGUAAUAAUUGUACAACUGGUUCAAUGUGACUGUGUCCUUAUGAGCGGUCUUUUUCCCUCCUCUAAUCACAUUAGAAUUAUCAGAGAUAAAAAAUUGCAUGUACAUCACUGUUAAAGCUGAGCUAUAAGGGCCAUUGAGUAUUUUGUGCAAUUGUAGCCUACUUCCGCUUUUUCCCCGACAAGAUCAGACCAGAGCACCCUGUGCUCCGCAAGAAAAACAUCUCAUGGUCUAAAACGUAGAUAAAAAUGUCUUCAAAACCACGCCAGCAUUAACCUCAGUUUACCUUUUCCCUAGUCCUUGCGGGCCGCAGCAGCUUCCUCACACCCCCAGUACAGUAGGCUGUGGGAGAAGCGGUAACAGCAGCUCGCUAAUAUGCUCCACUUUUUUAUCCAACAAUGUCGGACCAGAUGAUCCUCUUCUCUGCAUCAAAAACAUUUUACUGGGGGAGAAAUGUAUUUAAAACAAUCAACAUUGAAUUAAAACAACACCAGCAUUUACCUCGGUGCUAUUUACCAUCAACUGAAGUUUGAGUUGUUUUUUUGUUUGGUUUUUUUUGUUUUUUUAAUGUUUAAAAUGCUUUUUUUUAAUGUCAAUGUGAAAAGUAAGAGAAGAGACACGUCACCAUAAAAAAUGUUCAGAUGGUAAAAAAAAAUUGGUUUAAGGUAUUAAGCAAGUUGUUACAAAAUCUUGUAAUUUUUGUAACAUUUCUUGUUUAAUUUUGUUCAUAGAGGGCAACGUUUACCUGAUUUAAAAUCCUUGCAUGUGCACACAAAUUGACCAAUAAAGCUGAUUCAGAUUCAGAUAA